AUGGACAACCAGCAGAGUAUAGGAAGAAUUGUAUCACACUGAGGUCUGUUAGCUUACCAAUUCGCGGAAUACACCUCGUAUUCAACUUCACUGGUUUGAGAAUUCAAUCACCUUAAUAACAUUACAGACCCGGACGGGCCGAGAUAUAUAUCGCCUACAUUCUGUCCUGACCCUUGCUGUCCAUACGUUUAUGCCAGUUACCAGCACCAUAACCAUAAACACCAAUUCCCGCAAUAUCACUUGACCCAGAUAGCCAGACCAUGGCCAGCUAUCUCAUCACCGGCUCCUCACGGGGUCUUGGCCUCGCCCUUGUGUCUCAAUUGCUCUCCCUCCCUGCAUCACAAGUUGCGUCCAUCUUCGCGACCUCGCGAUCAGCCCAACCCAGCCCCAACCUCAAAGAACUCAUCGACCAGUCUUCCGGACGCGCAUCCUACGUCCAGCUCGACGUAACCGACACGAUCAGCAUCAGGACAGCGGCACGGCAAAUAGAGCGCCAGCUCCAAGGGCGCGGUCUAGAUGUUCUAAUCAACAACGCGGGGAUCCAACCCGUGACCAAGGGAGGUGCAGAAUACAUGGACAAUCUCAGCGACGCAUUCAACAUUAACGUAAACGCACCGCAUGAAGUAACCCGUACAUUCCUACCGCUUCUUCGCAAGGGAGAGCGAAAGGUCAUUACCAACAUAUCCACAACAUUGGGUUCCAUAAGCAACGCCUCGCCGUUCAUGGCGAAAUCAACUCCAGCGUAUAAUAUCACCAAGGCUGCAUUGAAUAUGCUGACUGUUCAGUAUGCACUUAGUCUUGAGUCUGAGGGAUUUACUGUUUUCUGUGUUAGCCCUGGGUGGUUGAAAACCGAUCUCGGUGGACCUAGAGCAGAUCUACCAGUCCAGACUGGCGCCGAAGCAGUGAUGAAGAUCAUCCUUGAGGCUAACCAUAAGGAUACGAAUGGGAAAUUCCUCAACAUUCAUGUGCCCGGGUGGGAACAGACACAGGGAUUUAAUCAAUACGACGGGGCGGAGAUUCCCUGGUAGUACAAGUAAUCAUAAUUAGGGAAUCGAAGUUUUGUAAGCA